AGGCAGAGCACCGAGGACCGUGCGCGCGCUCACAGACUCCCUCUCAGCCACACGCACACUCCCCAAACAAAGAGAAGCACGCGAGGCAAGCACAGCAUCCUACCCUUUCAGCCGCGAGCUCACUUAGCAGAACCGCCUCCCCCCCCAUCAUCCCUCUCACACACAGAACCGGUCCAGGUCCGAGGCUCGAGCGCACAGAACCGACAAUGACAACUAACGGCGCGACUAACGGAACCAGCGACAUGCUGCAGAUCCAGUUCGGUCUCAUCAACUGCGGGAACAAAUACCUAACGGCGGAGACCUUCGGCUUCAAAAUCAACGCGUCCGCCUCGAGCAUGAAGAAGAAGCAGAUUUGGACCCUGGAGCAGAGCGGCGACGACUCCACCGGGAACGUGUUCCACCUCAAGUCACAUCUGGGCCGGUACAUCGCCGCGGAUAAGGACGGGAACGUCACCGGAGACAGCGAGACCCCGGGCCCGGAGUGCCGGUUCGUCAUCACCGCCCAUGAUGACGGCCGCUGGUCCCUGCAGUCCGAGCCGCACGGGCGCUACCUGGGCGGCACCGAGGACCGGAUCAUCUGCUUCGCCCAGACCGCCUCCGUGGCGGAGAAAUGGAGCGUGCACAUCGCCAUGCACCCGCAGGUCAACCUUUUCAGCAUGACGCGCAAGCGUUACGCGCACCUGAGCGGCAAAGUGGACGAGAUCGCCAUCGACCGGGACGUCCCGUGGGGGGUGGACUCCAUGAUAACGCUGGUGUUCCGCGAGCAGCGCUACCACCUGCAGACCUCCGACAACCGCUUCCUGAGGAACGACGGCGAGCUGGUCGCCGCCACGGACAAGAGCACGGGCUACACGCUGGAGUUCCGCUCCGGCAAGGUGGCGUUCAGGGACUGUAGCGGCAGGUACCUCGCGCCCUCCGGGCCCUCCGGUACCAUGAAGUCCGGGAAGAGCGCGCGCGUGGGCAAGGACGAGCUGUUCGUGCUGGAGCAGAGCCACCCACAGGUCGUGCUCACCGCUGCCAACGAGAGGAACGUCUCCACCCGGCAAGGUAUGGACCUGUCAGCCAAUCAGGACGAGGAGGGCGACCAGGAAGUGUUCCAGGUGGAGAUUUGUCGCGAAAACCGGAAGUGUGCUUUCCGGACCGCCGCUGGGAAAUACUGGACCCUGACUGCUAACGGCGGCCUGCAGUGCACCGCCUCCACCAAGUCAGCUAAUUGCUACUUUGACAUUGAGUGGCGUGGGAAGAGGCUGACUCUCCGGGCUGCCAACGGGAAAUACGUCGCCGCCAAGAAAAACGGCCAGCUAGCAGCCACCAUCGACUCUGCCGGGGAGUCCGAGGAGUUCCUCAUGAAGCUGAUUAACCGCCCGAUCAUCGUGCUGCGCGGGGAGCACGGCUUCAUCGGCUGCAGGAAGGUGACGGGUACGCUGGACUCCAACCGCUCCUCCUACGACUACUUCACCCUGGAGUUCAGAGACGGCGCCUACAGCCUGCAAGACUCCACGGGGAAAUACUGGAUGGUGGGCAACGAGCAGUCGGUGGUGAGCAGCAGCGACACGCCCGUCGACUUCCUCUUCGAGUUCUGCGACUACAACAAGCUGGCGGUCCGCCACGCCGCCGACAGCAAGUACCUCCGCGGCGACCACGCCGGCGUGCUGAAGGCCAACGCCGACGACCUGGAGAGCGCCACGCUCUGGGAGUACUAAGGGAGGCUGGGGGGGCACAGCCCGUCCCUUGCAUCCUCUACCUAUUUACCCCCCC